GAUGUAAUUUUAACUUUUCCUUAUCUUCUUCUUCUUCUUCUGGUCUUGAAUUGUGAGGUAAUAGUACAGUGUGGUGAGAACAUAGAAGAGAACCUGUGGCUGAACCAUGGCGGUGAGUUUCAACCUUGCAACAGCAUUCAAAGGCCUUUCUCUGUCGUCGUCUUCCUCUUCCUAUGCUUCUGCUUCGCCGCUUCCCUCCUUUGUUUCUCUCCCUCGCACACACAUUCAGAUUCGGCCUCCUCUCCCUCUCACCAUCCAGAACGCCCACAAGAAGGGAGCUGGCAGCACCAAGAACGGCCGUGAUUCCCCCGGCCAGCGCCUCGGCGUCAAGAUUUACGGUGAUCAAGUCGCCAAACCCGGUUCCAUCAUCGUUCGCCAACGUGGUACCAAGUUUCAUGCAGGAAAGAAUGUGGGGCUUGGCAAAGACUAUACCAUCUUUUCCUUGAUUGAUGGAGUUGUGAAAUUUGAGAAAUUUGGGCCUGACAGGAAAAAGGUAAGUGUUUACCCACGAGAAGUGCAACCUGAGAACCCGAACAGCUAUAGAGCAAGGAAGAGGGAGUAUUUCAGGAUGAGGCGCGAACGCAGAAAGGCUAGAGAAGCAGGAGCAGUACUUCAACCCCAACUGGUGCUAGCUUCUGUUCCUGAUGUUGCCAUCACUAAUCCAGUGUGCUGAUACAUGUGUAAAAUUCCCCCUGUAUCUUGAUUCCUUUAUAGCAUUGUAUAAGUUUUGUUUUGAAUUUUGAAAUAGAAAACUAAAUAUGAUUGUAUGUGUUAUUCUUGACAUUUCCUUUUGUUCAAUAAUUUUCUGUUUGAUGAUGA